CUAAUCGCAGGGACGAUGGAGGAUCACGUGACCAUUGUUUUUCUUUCGACUGUUGAUGUCAUUCUGGAAAUUAGACAGCGCUUCGAAUGACCUAUUCCGCUACUGUAAGGUGUUAUACUUUUGUGUUAUGAUUAACGAAGAAUGGCCGUUUAGUAGAAGGAUUAAGUGAUUCUGGACUCUCGUGAAACAGCAAAACAAAUGACUGGUUAAUGAAUGGGGAAAGCACGGGUGUACUCUUGAUAUUUCUUUGGAUGGGUUAAACUCUUGUGGACAUCAAGAUUAUGAAUCACAGAUGGGCUCCAAAUACCUGGGUGAAAAUAAAUAGAGCAUUACUUAUGUGUGCAAUCACAGAUUCCCAAGUCAGCAGCAUCGCUGCCUUUGUGUGUCACCUUUCACUGUAGGAGUCAUGUACAGCAACUUGUUUACUAUAAAGCAUGCUAUCUCAGCUGGAGACACAUUCACCACCUGAGGACCAAGGGUCGAAAGGGAUGGAUCUUUAAAGCUAACCAAGUUAGACAUCAUCUUGGCCUCCACACCAGCACCCUGUAUUUGAACGCUUCAGCAUCAAAGUGGUCUGCUGGCCUGAGCCGACACAUGUCUCGUGUCAGGAGCACACUGGAUUCAGUUUCCAAAGCUGUGAGAGGGACACAUACAGAGCUUCUGUCAAAGAUCUCCAGACUCAAACCUAAUGCUUUAAAGGCUGGGAAAAAUGCUAAGGCCAGUACUGAGACAAGACCCGAAGCUGAUGAGGACCCAGUCACAUCCACUCAUGCUGCUCCCCCAUCUGCAUCUGCUGCUCAUAAACCUGUUGUUCAAAGAUCUUCUGCCAGUCCAUCUCUUUCCACUUCUGCCACAUUUGAUACAAGUUCCAUUACCUCCACUCAUCUUGGCAGUUCUACCCAAGAGACUAUCUCUGCCACAGUCCCAACUGUAUGUGAAUCGAAGGAGAAAAGACUGAGACGUGUCACUCCUGCCAACAAGGCUACUUGUGCCAGGACAGAGGAGCUUCAGUCAUUGAAUGAUGUGGAGAGCAAGAACACAGCAUCCAAGCAAUCCACAGCACUUUUCCAUCCAAGCACCUUUUCAGUGAACCUGGGUGAGACUUACAACUAUGUAGCUAAUCACGUCAACUCAUACUUUGGCAGCAGUACAAACACUCAGGAGAAGAAGGGGAGCAUUGACAGCUCCUCUACUUCCUCUCAGGAUCAACAAACCUCAGACCUCAUCCCAGUGUCCGAUAAAAAAGACUCUGCUUCCCCAAAGAGGGGGUUAGGACAGUACCUGUCCUAUUCAGCUCCCACUGUGCAAGCAUUUGUUGGGAACUACAUUGCAACUCUUGUUCCUAAGUUCAGGACAGGUGAGUCCAAGAGUGCUGUAUUGGAGGAAAAGAAAUCCGAGGAUGUGUCAGUGAAACAGGCUGAGGUUAGUAACGAGCAGAAGGCUGCAGAGGAGAAAGCCAAGAAACUUCUGCUCCAAAGGGAAAAGAUUAUUGCAAGGGUGAGUGUGGACAAUCGAACUCGGGCUCUGGUUCAGGCUCUCCACAGAGCGUCAGAUGUAAAGGUCUAUAUCAACAGGGUGGAGGACUUAAGUUACCAUCUCUUGGAGUUUCCAGAGACAUGUGGUGUUGCAGUUAAGGAGAACGUUAUCCCUUGUCUCCUCCGUCUGGAGCAGGCUAACAAUCUGGGUCUGAGAGCAGCAGUUAGAGAAGCACUCGCUCUGGUGGGCUAUCAUAAACCUGUCAAAGGCCGAGGAAUAAGGAUCUUGUCCAUAGAUGGAGGAGGUGUAAGGGGAAUUCUUGCCCUUCAGACGUUACAAAAGCUGGAGGCCCUGACUGGGAAGCCCACUUACAAGCUGUUUGAUUAUAUUUGUGGUGUCAGCACAGGUGCCGUCCUAGGGUUCAUGCUAGGUGUGUUUCAAGUCCCUGUGAAAGAGUGUGAUGAUCUUUACCGGAAGCUGGGCUCAGAUAUUUUCAAGCAGAAUGUAUUUGUUGGCACUGUGAAGAUGGGCUGGAGCCACGCUUUCUACGACAGCGAAGCCUGGGAGAGCAUCCUCAAAGAGAAAAUGGGCUCUCACCUCAUGGUGGAGACUUCGAGAAACCCUGACUGCCCCAAGGUGGCAGCUGUGAGCACCAUUGUGAAUCGAGGCACUCCCCUGAAGGCCUAUGUUUUUAGGAACUACAACCUGCUGCCUGGGGUGCGCUCACACUACCUGGGGAGCUCCCAGCAUCAGCUCUGGCAGGCCAUCCGUGCCACAUCAGCAGCCCCUGGGUAUUUCCAGGAGUUCCCUUUAGGGAAUGAUCUCCACCAGGAUGGAGGUCUGCUGAUUAACAACCCCACAGCACUUGCUAUACACGAGUGCCAGUGUUUGUGGCCUAACACGCCUUUGGAGUGUGUGGUCUCACUCGGUACGGGUCGCUUUGAAAGUCCUGGCAGCAGCACUGCAUAUACAAGCCUCAAAGCAAAACUCACCAAUGUCAUCAGCAGUGCCACAGACACUGAGGAGGUUCACGCCAUGCUAGACGCCUUCCUUCCCCCAGACACUUACUUCCGUUUCAACCCCUACAUGAGCGAAGAUAUCUCCUUAGACGAGAAUCGUCAAGAGAAGCUCAAUGCGCUGCAGGCUGAAGGCAUCCGUUACCUAGAGAGGAAUGAAGAAAAGCUGAGCAAGGCUGCGCGUAUCCUCACCCGAGAGAAAAGCUCCAUCCAGAGGAUGACUGAAUGGGCCAGGCUCAGGGUUGAUAUGUAUAAUGGUCUGCCCUUUUACUCGUCCAAGUUUUAGAUUCCAUGUGAGCCCCUUUUUCCUGGCCCAUAUUAGCACGAACACUCUGACCUUAUGUCAUGUCACUGAGGUCCAAGUGUCAUAGUUGUUGACUUACUGACCUGUAGCUCUGAAGAACAUUGUGUAUAUGCACAAGUAGGUAAUGUAUACAACAUGCCAAAUGCUACUUCCUCCUCACUCUCACUUGACACUUUGAUGUGAUUUUAGUUUAAAUGUGCCAACAGCGGUGGCAGUGUAAGAUGUAUCUGGUGUGUAACACUUGACUUGGUAUGGCAUUUUAGAAGAUCUUUUAACUGGCUUGUCAAUUUGGAAUUGACAGGAGCAGUUUAACAUUUAAGUUAUUUAGUUGCCAAAAUCAGUGCCAAUCUUGUGUCCCAAAUACUCAGCUAUCUCUAGCAGACUGUUGGGCUAAAUUAAAGACUGAACUAAAUACUGAAAUCUGUCUGGAUUCUUCAAAAGGUAAUUAAAUCCAGAAUCUGCCUAACUAGCUCUUUUCUCGGGUCAAGUCUUAAAGCUAACUUAAGCUAACUAGCUGCUGGGACUAGCUAAAUAUUAGCGAAAGGGAUGUUGAUGUUCUAAUUUAACAUUUGGAUAACCUUAUCUCCUAUGUUGUCAAAAGAUUCCUUUAAAAAAAACAAAAAGCAGAAUACAAAGAUUGAGUUUCAUAGAUAAGCUAGCAAUGGUGGCAUUAACAGUUUCCAUCCCUCAAGAGGACCCUUAUUAACCAUUUGCUUUCAUGU